CCUGAGAGCACACGAGGACAAGAUGUCAUCAGGAAGCUGGAAUGCUGGGAAGAAAAAUGCGUACGCAGCAGUCAAAGUAGAUCCUGAUGAGGACUAUUGUACUCCAGGAGCAUUUGAACUGGAGCGGCUUUUGUGGAAGGGAUGCCCAAAAUACACUCACGUCAAUGAAGUCUGGCCCAACCUCUACAUAGGAGACGAAAAAACUGCGUUGGAUCGCUACAGCCUGGAGAAGGCGGGAUUCACCCACAUCCUCAAYGCGGCCCAGGGGCAGCGGAACGUGGACACAGGACCAGAAUAUUACAACAGCAUGAGCGUGGAGUACCAUGGAGUGGAAGCAGAUGAUCUCCCCACUUUCGACCUCAGCCAGUUCUUUUACUCAGCUUCCAAAUUCAUUGAUAACGCGCUUCAGGAUGAAAGAAGCAAGGUGCUGGUUCACUGUGUCAUGGGCCGCAGCCGYUCAGCCACGCUGGUCUUGGCUUACCUGAUGAUCUACAAGAACAUGACAGUGGUGGAUGCCAUUGAGCAAGUGUCAAGACACCGCUGUAUCUUGCCAAACMGGGGCUUCUUGAAGCAGCUGAGAGAACUGGACAUUGAGCUGGCACUGCAGAGGAGGAACAGCAAGAACAGCCUAUYGCCCGCUGAGCAGCAGAACAGCACCACCAUCUAGCACUGUCCUGGCACGGAUGUGCUGCUGGAAAAGAAACUCCAUAAGAGGGAAUGGGAAGGUGCAGUUAAUUACACAGUCACAAGGUUAAUUUGUUAUUUGCUAGGAAAAAAAAAAAAAAAGGAAUUUCACCUACUAUAAAGAAGAGAAAAAAGGGAAACCAAAUUUAAAACUCAUAAUCUUAGAAAGUCACAGCCUUAACAGAACUCUUUUUUACAUUAACAAAUAAGUUCUUCUCUCUGAAAAAAACCCCAAACAUUUACAGCACAAAUGCAGGCACAACUUAACUAGCUAACUUAACUAAGCAAAAUCCUGAUUGAUCUUAACUCAAGCAACCUUUAAAGGAGUGUACCUUUUAAGACCACCUUAUUGUUUAGUGCAGUUUAAUUCACAGCCCAGACACAGAACAGUUCUCCCAGCCUUGUGUCAGACAAACUUGCCUUGCAUGGACUGAUUUCAUUUAYACUGAUGGUGAAAGCUGAAUGUUUUGUAGCAUUUGCGUUACAGACAGGAAUUCUGUAUCAAAUUAUAUAUUAAAAGAUAACAAAUAUCUGUGAGGGUCUCUUAAUCAGGUUACAGGUUGUCUUCUUUCUUGUAUCCUGCAUGAGAGCUCAGUGACUGCUGUAACUGAAAGAGGACUUGUAGUUGAUUUACAUACACGAUUGAUCACUCUCAGCAUUACAAAAAAUUGUUAAGGCCAUUCUUUCUAUUUACUGUGCUGGAUAAAAAUGGAGUUUGUUUUAUCAACCACCCAUGAUGGACAAAUUAAACAGCUGAUAAAACUCAGAGACAUAGACAGUGAUCUAACAGGAAAGACCACUACCUUUAGUAAUCCUUCGUUUCUGCUUGUAUCGAAGAUGGUUACAAUGUUAGUAAGGAAUUGGUUGCAUUUUGCCCCCUGCUAGGGGAUCAGGCAGCCUGA